AUGGGUGCUUGUACUUGGAAGCUACCCAUAACUUUACCAAACUACUACCAAAGAGAAAAUCAAACAUUGCUUUCACAUGACCCAAUGUUCUGCAAUUUUAAUUCAAGAGGGAGAAUUGAAAAGUUCAAUUAUUCUCCUCCUCAUCUUGUUGUCAAAAAGACCAGAUUUAUGGUUAGAGGGUGUGGGUGUGAAGAAAGUAGCAGUGAAAAUGAUUAUGGUGAGACAGAGGAAGACAGGUAUUUUGUUAAGGUUCUCCGUGAAUCCAAACCUUAUUUGUCUAUACACAGAGCUAGAGUUUUUGUUGUCCUUAUUUCUGCUCAACUUGUUGCUCACCCUGAUUACUUCAACGCCAUUCUCACGGUACCACCACUCUCUCUCUCUCUCUCUCUAAACAGUAGUACAGUACUAUUUGUCCCUUUACUACCACUUACUCACUUAACAUAA